CUGCUUAGUGUCUAGUGAGCUGUUAGUCUUUCAUAUGAUGAGAAUCCCUUGUGAGAUUCACUAAUUAGAUCUAUGAGAAAAUACUACCAGUCACACCUACAAACCUAUUUAGAAUAUAUUUAGCCAUACAACCAGUAAAAUCCACUGUUUUGGCUAGAUUUCUUUCUAUUGGUUGUUUUUCUUUGGUUUCUCAUGGCCCUAAGGCUAAAGCGAAGACGAGAACUGAGCAGACUGAGGACUGAGGAGAGCAGAGCACGCUGGAGAUCGACUGUUAUCACCGUGUGCUGUGUGCUAGUCAUACUAGCGACCUUGAUAGUUGGGUUAUAUUUUACCGUCAAGAUCGUGAAUAGCAAGUUUUUCUUCUGCUCUGGCUCACUGAGGUUCAUCUCAAUAGAAAAGGCAUGUGAUGGAAAGGCUAACUGUGCAGGCGGUGAGGAUGAAAUCACAUGUGUAUCCAAACUGCGGACCACUGACACGUAUCCAGUGAGGCUGAUGGGGGACAGACUGGUCCUGCAGGUAUUCAUUAAUGAGGGAGGAUGGAGAACAGUGUGUGCUGAUAACUGGAGGACAAAGCACACACGGUUAGCCUGUCAACAACUGGGCUAUACAGUGAGUCCACGAAGUACACGAGUCCCGGUAAAGAGUCUGCUCUUCAACCCUCAAGAUGCAUUUGCUACAGUCAGCAAAAAUUCCACACACUCUGACAUCCAGAGUUUCCUCUUAGUCAGUGACAGAUGUUUAUCUGGCUCCGUGGUGUCUGUGUCCUGCUCAGACUGUGGAGAAGUGGUGGGAGAGGACCGUAUUGUUGGUGGGGUGGACACAGCAGUCGAACACUGGCCGUGGCAGGUUAGUCUUCAGUGGAACCAGCAGCAUGUCUGUGGAGGAGCAUUACUGUCCAAGCGCUGGGUCAUAUCAGCUGCUCACUGUUUCACAGGCAGGACACGAGAGCUGAGUCGAUGGACUGUGGUGUUGGGUCAGACCAAAGUGUUGGGAUCCAGGGGUGUCAGUGUCGAUAUGAUUGUUGUCCACAAUAACUACAGUCACUUGAGUAAUGACUUUGACAUCGCCAUGUUAAAACUCACUUGGCCUGUCACUGUUGGAGACUCAAUUUUGCCAGUUUGUUUACCCCCACACCAGCUGUCUGUGAAGGAGAUGCUUGUGGUGACUGGGUGGGGAUUGCUCAAGGAGAAAGGUGAGCUUCCCUCUGUGCUGCAGAAAGCUUUGGUGCCCCUGAUUGACAGAUCAGAGUGUUCCAAGCCCUCUGUUUACGGUUCCGCAAUAACUCCCAGAAUGCUUUGUGCAGGAUUCCUCAAAGGAAACAUAGAUGCUUGUCAGGGGGACAGUGGGGGUCCGCUAGUGUACCUUUCAUCUCGUUGGCAGUUGAUGGGUAUAGUGAGUUGGGGAGUGGGCUGUGCACGGGAGGGAAAACCUGGAGUUUACACUGAUGUUAGUCAACUUCUCAACUGGAUCUACACUGUAAUGGAGAGAUGGCCAUGACAAGGUGAACCAUGGACGCAUAAAUUCCUGCUUUCGUGACAUAGGAGGAAAGACAAAUCUCAGACGAGAACAGAAAUCUUGAAUCUAGAUAUUGUUCAAUUUUAUAAUUAUUUCGACAUAAGUAUUAUGUAAAAAACAUCAUGCUUUUUUUGGUCUCACUGUUCACAUUUCCUGUAAAUCUACUGUUCAUUGUACAGCUGUACUUUGUUUUAAUUUUUUUUCCUGACCAAAAGCAAAAAAUAAAUAAAAUAAUAAAGCUC